UCAAUUUGGCGAAGCCCGCCGAAACAGAUGUCAAAAAGCUUUAAAAAAAAAAAAAACUCCACCGCAUCCACAUCCAAACGAAAUAGGGGCGGGAGACGGCGCGCCUCCAUUCAUCGCUCGCCAGAGUUGCCCACCCCCUCUCGUCUGCUCCUUGCCCUUGCCAUUCGAGGGCGAUCGGUGCUCCCUCCGCCUCCGGACCGCCGCCGCCGCCGCCGGAGCCCUCUCCGGGGCGUCCCUGAGAUUGUGUGCGCCAAUGGCGCCUCACCACAUUAAUGGCCUUGCUGACGUUCGUGCAGUUGCGGAAAUGUCACCUACACUUCCUACCAUGAUUAUUAGAGUACCUUGUGAGCAGUCAGCCAAUAUUCACAGGCUACUGGAAUUUGUUGAGGAUCGUCUGGAUCACGGUGCUCACGACUUGAUUAAGGCAGAGGACAUUCCCCGACUUCGAGCUAUCGCCCAGGGAAACCUUACAAGUGCUGAUGCUCCCCAGUUUUGUUUGUCAUUGCUCAACGAGUCCCAGAUCUACCUGCGGGUUCAACUGUUCUCGUCGAAGUGGAUGAUUGGGUGCGGCCACCCAUCGACUCACGGGUAGUAUCGGCAGUGGCUAGUGCGUUUCAUCUUCCCCAGGAUGGGGUGCUGCCUUUUGAUCUCAACUCAACGACAGUGGCCCCAGAUGGUCCAGGUGCAGGUCGUAUUCAUGCUGAACUUCUGAUGCCACCAGGCAGCUUGCCUUUACCGCCUCCUGUUGUUGUCACAGUGUCAGGGUGUGAACCACUGAAUGAUGCGCGGGAACUUUAUCAGUACCUGGAGGAGUACGUGAAUCAAGAGGGCUGGAUAGUUGAUGACACACAGCUUGCGGGGCUUGCAGAGCUGGCUGAAGCUAGGGACGAGUUGGUAGGAGCUCGCGAUAAGCUCACUACACUUGCAUCAGAUAUUGGAGAUGAUCUUUUAUUGGGAGGAGCGGUCACUGAUGAUGUACCGUUGUUAUCUGGGGACUUCAAAGCAGCUUUGGCCAGGGUAUUGAAGCUUCCUGAAGGUAUGGAGCUUCCCAAGGACUUUGAAUCACCUCUUCUUGUCCCUGCCAUUGCUGGGAGGGAGAGAAUUCAUGGUGAACUCAUCAAUCUCCGAGCUGACCUGGCUGCUUUGAAGCAGCAUGUUGAGGAGCAGUGGCUCCCAUGGGCUAAUGAUCGUCUAUCAUCCGCUGGAGUCAUCGGAGACCAGAUUCUACUAGACAUGGAGUGACACGGGCUAAUAAUGUUCGUCUCACAUCUCUGAUACAUUCUACAAGACAUGGACUGAGUCAGAUUCUACAAGACAUGGAGUGACACGGGCUAAUAAUGCUCGUCUCACCUCUCUGAUACAUUCUACAAGACUUGGACUGAGUCGUUCCGUAUAGGCCACACAAGAAGUGAGAAAGACGAUGUACAUUUCCUGCUGAUUUCUAAGGAUCAAACCAUAGCUGUUAUAGGAGAUCUCCCAGAACUGAAACCUCAAUUGCUAUUACAUAGUUCUAUACUUGCAGAAUGAUUACGAUGGAUGCCCUUCCAAAAUUUAUGUGGCAAUAGAAGAUGCUUUUUAGUGGUUAGACCGAAAA